AACAAUCCUCCGAGAUGGCGACGGUGACUGCGGGACAUCUGAUGAGUUUGGCGGCUCUGCAGCGGCAGGACCCCUACAUAAACCGGCUGCUCGACGUCACCGGACAAGUGGCGCUCUACAACUUCAACUCCAAAACCAACGAAUGGGAGAAGACUGAAAUCGAGGGGACCUUGUUUGUUUAUACAAGGUCUGCGUCUCCUCACCAUGGCUUCACCAUCAUGAAUCGACUGAAUACAGACAACCUGGUGGAGCCAAUCAAUAAAGACUUAGAGUUCCAACUGCAAGAUCCUUUCUUGCUCUACAGAAAUGGAAACUUGGGUAUCUACAGUAUUUGGUUCUAUGACAAGAGAGACUGUCAACGCAUCGCUCAGCUGAUGGUGAGGAUUGUGAAACAAGAAGCAGCCCUGGCUCAGAUAAAAACCCCAGAGAGGGCUGAGGCCGGGAGGACCAAUGGUGUCGCAGAACCGCGGCCCAUUGACAUCCUGGACCUGCUCAGCAAAGCCAAGGAGGAAUACCAGAGAGCCCAGGUGGGAGACAUGGAUAAGUCUAUAGAGCCAAACGCGACGGCAGCUGUGAGCUCAAAUAUAGAGCGUAUACCCAAUGUACCAUCACCCGAAAAGAACUCUCACACGGUGUUGAAGCAGAUCACGGUGGAAGAGCUCUUUGGCUCGUCUCUCCCUAAGGAGCUGUCUCUGCUCAGCAGACCUGCACAGAACACCAGCGCCUCCGGUGACCUCUCCUACAUCCAGAAGCCACCGUAUCCUCCUCCGCCCCACCAGAGUCCACUCUUCACAGCCCACGAUCCCAGUUUAAACCAACAGCAACAAGCCCCCGGGCUGAUCCCAGCUCCUUAUGCACUAAACCCCAGCCCUGUUUUCCAGUCAGUGGUCCCAAGACCAGACCCCCAGCGCCACUGCUCAAUCUCACCUCUGAUGAUAGCUGGUCCGGAGCAUCAUGCUGGUCCUGCUGGUCCCACAGCACCCACGGCAGCUUCUACUACCUUUUUGAGAACAGAGCUAAUGAGCACACUGAAAGCGGCAGUCCCGUCUGUGAAUGCAGACAUCCACAAACCCAUCCUUGCACCCAGCUUCCUACCCAACACACUGGUUCCACCACACAGCUUUCAAGAGCCCAAGAUGGACGUUUUCUCCCAGCCUCCAAACCUGAUUAAACCUAUGUCUGCCGUCCCAGUGAGUCCAGGUCAUGUUAUUCCAGGCUCGGUGGCUUCUGUGCUUCUCUCCCCCAGCGCCUUCCAACAGUCCCUGAAUAAACUCACAGCUACGGCAUCACCGGUGGUUCCUCCCGCUCCCUCUGAGCCACUCUCUGCCUCCGGAGGAGCCGUGGAGCCUCUACCAGCACCCUGCAGUAGAACACAGUUGCAAGAGACGUUGAUACACCUCAUUAAGAAUGACCCAGACUUCCUCGGUGCCAUUCAUGAUGCUUACCUGCAGACUCUGUCCAAGGACUUCAGCAACAUGAAACUAUAGUCCUCCCUCAACCCUGGCAGGGGAUUUCAGACCUGCAGCUUCCUAACAGUCAAAGAAGAGAUAAAAGGAUGUUGGGAGGUGCAACAAAUGCAGCGAGCAGGUUUCUGACACUCGUACACCACAGCUCCUCGGUGCCGGUCCGUGUUCUGAGGGUUACUGCAGCAUGCAACACACCAUUUAACCACCUGUCCCCCUGGAACAACUUCUUUUCUUUUUUUAUCUCAUCUUUAAACAAGCGGUACUUUGGGAGCAAGGAUUAGAUGAGGAGUCGCACUUUGGCCCUGACUUUUUACAAUAAGAAUAUGAUUAAACUGCAGGCCACAUUCUGAUGACAUUAAUGCUUUAAUUAUCGGGGCAACUUUGGAGAUUUGGUGCCAUCAAAUCCCUUCUGACUCUCGAAUGGGCAGCUGGGACAUUUUGCUGCUUCUGUCACUCGUCAUUGUGGAGUUCUCACAGCAUCGGAUUAUGAGAACAUUUAUACCACACUUCAACUUUAACUGCUUAUUGAGACAAAGACGUAUGUAUGUGGGGACCUCUGAAUCAUUUUGGGGUCUAAAAGAACUACACAUUGUCCUUUUCCUCUCUUAUUUAAACAGAAAAUGAUGUCCGAAUUGCUGGACAGACUUUUCAGUUUUUGUGACAUUUUGUGUUUGUCAUUAUUUUUUUGUUCAACUUUCGGCUAAAGAGGAUGAAUGACCUUCACAAACAAGCACUUGCAAUUUAUAACUCAAAUUAUGACUCAGGCCCUCCCAGCUGUUUAUGUUUAUGACUAUGACGGGUUUAUGGUGACUCUCAAAUGCACAAGCCAGCAUCUUUGCAGUUUUUUCCCUUCAUGUUUCCCUAUUUUUUAUAUUUGUAUUCUUUUCUUUGUUCGAGGUUUGCAUCAAUAUGUCUCCUCCAUCAGCUGAGCUCAAUAUUCAUGAUGUUCUUGAAGGGACAUGUGCAAGAUGACGCUUGCAAAACAUUGAAGCAGACCAGUGUUUUGAGAUAUUUGAGGCUGGUGCUACAGAGAUAUUUUUUAUGUGAACCUUGAGGUUCUGCUGUUAAUACAUGAUUUAAAUUGUGAACAGAAAAUGUAGGGGUUCUGUUAAUUAUCGAUUCCGUUUUUCAUUGAACCCUUUUCGUAUGAAUGAAAGGGUGCUUUUGAUAGGUUCAGUUUAAUGCCUGUUGCCUGAUUUAAUGAGGGGAAAAUAUAAAUGACCUCUUCCUGUCGCUCAUUUUCUUUCUCCAAGUCUCUGGUCAGAAAAAUGUAAAGACAAAUAGGACUAUGGUUAUUUUCUUGCAGUAAAAUGCUACUGCAGCUUGUGCCUCUAAACCCUGCAGAGCAGAGGAAGUGCAGGAAUCAAAGACAUGUGUCCGUUUAUCAUGUGGAACACGUGCAUCCGUCGAUGCUGCUCAACAAAAACUGAUCUGACGCACAUAAAAAUAGCUUCUAAAAACGUAAAGAAAAUAGAUGUUGUUUUGAACUCAGAAGUUGUCACUUGUCACUGUGUGUUAACCAGAUGCUAACUAUUUAAAACUGCUAAAAUAUAAAAGAAAAUGUGUUUUUAUGUUAAAAGGUUGUUUAACAAAUGACACUGUGAUGUAAUCUAGUUACCUAAACGCUCAGUAUUAAUUCUGUCGUUCAAAAUAAAAACAGUGGGUUUUUUUCUUUUAGGUUUGUUUGAAAGGCAGACAUUUCUGCUUUCUUUUGUUUUUAGUAAAAAAUAAAAAAACAUUAUUGCUUCUU